AUGGCCGCUGCUGUGGUCCUUGCUGGGCAGAUGCUGCUGAGAGCCCACAGCUUGCUCUUGUGUAAGGGUGUGGCCUCCACGCCCACCUGUCCCUUGAGCUCUGGCUGCCAGGAACCCCUGUCAGCGCUCUUUGACCGUGCGAUCCACCUGUCUACUUCCUUGCACAGUCUCUCUUCAGAACUGUUGGAGAAAUUUGAAAUCAAGUUUUCCAAGGGCCCAAAAUAUUUUAUUCCUGAUAUCAAUGGGUGCCACACAGAUGCCAUAACCAUUCCAGGCAUUCAUGAGGAGGUGACAGAGAUUCGUUAUAAAGACUUUAUCAUCCUGGCAAGCUGCUUUAUGCGCUCCUGGAAAGAGCCUAUGGAGCUCUUCAUCACCGGAGUAAAGCAACUGCCGAACGUCCAAAGUGACAUUUUAUCCAAAGCUGUGGCAAUUAAAGAUCAAAACCACGAACUUCUAGACGUCUUGGAGAAGAUAGCCAGCCAGGUUAAUCCUGAAAUCAAAGACAAUGGGAUGUAUGUUGUCUGGAUUGAACCUGAACAUGAUAUGCCAGUUUCUUCAGUACCUCGUAUGAGAAGUUUUUAUAACCGCAUCCGCUGCCUGCGCAGGGAUACAAAUAAGCUUGACCGUUUUUUCAAGUAUCUGAAAUGCAACAUCAUUGAAAGUGCUAAGUGCUAA